AUGCCGUCUGCCUUCCCUAUCUCCUAUACUAACCCUGGCACUGCGGAACAACAAAUUAUGUAUGAGAUGCUUCCUUAUUCUAUUCUGAGAGAAUUAAGGAAAGCCAUUACUGAUUCUGGCCUGAAAUCCUCUUAUGUGGUAGGGAUGCUGGAGGGAAUAGCAACUGGUUAUACAAUGCUACCUCAAGAUUGGAAAGAUCUGAUGCGCAUGCUUUUAUCCCCGGCUCAGUAUGUGGUUUUUGAAAGUGAAUUUAAGCAUUGCGCAGUAGCCCUGGCUGAUCCACAGCAUUCAGCCAACCAACUCUUUGGUGCUGGUCCGUAUGAUAAUAUACCAGCCCAGGCGCAAUUGACACCUUUACAUUUUAGUCGCACCGCGACCUGUGUGCAAUGCGCCUUUCGCAAAGUCCCUGUCUCAGGGCAACCGCUUAGCUCCUUUGUUAAUAUUAAGCAACAACAUUCGGAGCCCUACCAUCAAUUUAUAGAUAGAUUGAAAGAAUCAGUGACUAGGCAGAUUGAUAACACUACAGCUCAGAAUGAAUUGAUGAAAAAAUUGGCUUUUGAAAAUGCAAACACUGAUUGCAAGAAGGUGUUGCAGUCGAUCAUACAUCGCCCUAAAUAUGACCUGGCCGAUAUGAUUCAAGCCUGUGCAGAUGUUGGCAGCCAGAGUCAUGCGAUGUCUUUGCUUGCCGGUGCCAUCCAGGCUGGCAAUAAGCCCACGGGCAAUUGCUUCAAUUGCAAACACCCAGGUCAUUUUGCUAAACAAUGCAGAGCCCCUGGCGGGGGUGCAAACAGGAAUGGUAAAGCCCAUAAGGCUAAGCCUUCCAAGAAAUGCCCGAAAUGCGGUAAAGGCUAUCAUUGGGCAAAUCAGUGCAGGAGUUCGGGAAACUCCAUGGUGGCCCAGCUCUUGGGCCAGGACAAAUAGAGAGCCCUCCGCCGUUAGUCUCCACUAUUAAAACCUUCUCAAAGGAUACACGCUCUGAUUUUACCAUCGACUUAAUCAAUCAAGAAACCAAAGACACUGUUUUACCUGGUGAAAUUGUGCUUAUGCCCACCCAAUUGACGGGCCCACUACCACUUAAAGUCUCAGGUUUAAUUUUACCCAAAUUUUCUGCAGCCAAAGAAGGAAUCCAGGUUAUUCCAGGAGUCCUGGAUCCUGACUAUGUGGGCACAAUAAUGGUUCAACUUUGGAGCCAUAUGCCCAUGCAGUUAAAGAAGGGUGAGUCCUGGGCACAUUUGGUGGUGCUCCCUUCUCACCCUACUGUUUCUAUUAUGGAUAGUAAUUUGCACGAGCUCUCUCCUUUUCCCCCACAGCUGUUAGCUGUAAUCCAGCGGACUGGUGAACAGAAGCUUCUUCGUAAGUAUAAAAUCAAUGGUACAGUUCUGGAAGGCUUGAUUGACACGGGCGCAGACAUUUCUGUAAUUUCCAGUAGUUGCUAGGACCCCACGUGGCCCCUUGAGUCUGCCUCUGCAGUUUGGGGUGUAGGUGGACCUCAAACCUCUUCCAAAAGCGUACAGUGGCUGCCUGUUUCUCUGCCUGAUAGCUCUGAAACCAUUGCAUAUAUCCAGCCCUGUGUGCUGAAAAUCCACCUCAAUCUGUGGGGCAGAGACUUACUACAACAAUUACAAGCUACCAUUCAAUUAAAUGAGUAAGCUUGCACUUCCCCUCAAUUGGAAGUCAACCACCCCGGUAUGGGUAGAACAAUGGCCCAUGACAGGGGAAAAGCUACUUGCUUUAAAAGAACUGGUGAAUCAACAAUUAUCGGCAGACCAUAUAGAGUCUUCAGUUAGCCCCUAUAAUAUCCCAUCUUCGUCAUAAAAAAGAAGAGUGGGAAAUGGAGAUUUCUCCAGGAUUUAAGGAAAAUUAAUGAAAUCCUUGAACCCAUGGGGCCUUUGCAGUGUGGUCUGCCUAAUCCAAAUGUAAUCCCACAUUCUUAUCAAUUGGCUAUCAUAGAUUUGCAAGAUUGUUUCUUCUCCAUCCCCCUACAGGAGAAGGAUCGUAAAUUCUUUGUUUUCACUGUUCCUGUGUUAAAUAACAGCCAGCCCACGGAACGGUAUCAAUGGAAAGUCCUACCGCAAGGAAUGCUGAAUUCCCCUACCAUGUGCCAACAAUACAUCAGCCAUGGCACACCCUGUUGCUUAAGCCGUUUGUCGAUCAUAUUACCCAAAAAGCAUCAUCUGUCUCGCUCUCGAUAUCGCCGCUCUAUUGAAUUGACUAAUGAUUGUGAUGCUUUUGUCUCUCUUCCCAGUAGGUCUGAAUAUAUUUCUUUAGCUGUUUCUCUCUUAGGAGUCCCUGGAUUGGCUGUACGGAAUCGUAUGACCAUUAAUUCUUUAGCUUGUUCUGCAGCAAAAGCCCUGAAUUUUACCUCUCAAGCUCUUCACCUUUUAAAUAAAGAACAGAGUGAACUCCAGCAUGGUCUUCUGCAAAACCGCACUGCUAUCGAUUAUUUAUUGAUGCUUCAUCAUUAUGGCUGUGAACAAGUGGAUGACAUGUGUUGUUUCAAUAUUACUGAUAAUUCUAAAGCCAUUCAAAGCCAAAUCUCUCAUUUGCAAAAUCUUACACACCACAUUAAACAGGACGUUGGAUUUUCUGGCCUCUGGGAUUCAUUCACCCAGUGGCUCACCGGUUGGUUGCCAAACCUGAACUGGCUUCGUAAUCUCUUUCAAUAUGCCAUUGUCAUAAUAUGUAUAUUAAUUUUGCUAUGUUGCUUCCUCCAAUGCAUUCCUGGACUCAUAAGUCUUUUGUCUCGGCUUCUCUCUCCCCCUCAGCCACCCAAUAAAAUCAUUGCUGCCUACUUUGCGAAGUGGCAGCACCAGCAGUAAACAUUAGGGGAGAUGUGGGCAGACUUAUUUCGGGCAUGCGCUGGCAUACCACGUAUCCCGAAGUAUUUCUGUCCCGUCAACCCUGGCGAACUUAUUUCGGGCACGCGCUGGCAUACCACGUAUCCCGAAGUAUUUUUGUCUUAUUCACCCAGAACACCUCGCAAAUAAGAAAAGAAAGGGGGAGAUGAAGGGAAGCUUUGCUUCUGCACAUGACUGUGGCAUGAUGGGAAGUUUUGCUUCUAAGCUUUUCUUCUGCACAUGCUGCACAAACCGUAUGCUGCACAAACCAUACUAAUACUAAGACAUUCCCUCACCACCCUAGAAUGUUCAGUUCAUAUUGAGUUCAUGAAAACAUUAUACUCUGACCUGUUCUUAAUGCAUAGUUGACCACAUUUACGGAACGCGAUUGUUAUGUUCUUUCAUGUCAUGAUCAAUCAUUAGUAAUUGUUUAAGUCUUGCUAUAUCAAUCAUUAUAAUUUAAUUAGGAGGUUUCAUGCCUGUCUAGUUCUGUGCUCCCUUUCCCAACCUUUAAUCUAUUGGUGAUUAAUGUAACCUUUGCUUUGUACUUGUGUUAACCAAUCAGCAAUAAGCACAUAUGUGGCAAAUGCUGUAAUAUUCAAUAAAAGGGACUCUCCGAGACUUGCUCGAGAGAUGCCUCCCAUAUGACACCUUGCCAUUCGUCUGUCGUUUAUUUCAACCCAACAGAAAUGAAGGACACCCUACUUGCACCAUUGAAAGAAGUAAUGAACAACAUACUAAUAAGAAAGGAAAUACGUGGAAGGAAGCUUAUAUAACUUUUAUUCCUAAACAAGAUUCCGAUUUGUCCCAAGUUAAAAAUUAUAGGCCUAUUUCGCUUUUAAACAAUGAUUAUAAAUUAUUUGCAAGUAUACUAGCAAAUAGAAUGAAAAAGGUUUUAAAAGAAUUAAUACAUAAGGAUCAAGCAGGGUUUCUUCCAGGCAGACAGAUGAAAGAUAACAUAAGAAACAUAAUCAAUAUAAUUGAAUGUCUGACUGCCAGGAGUGAUAAACAAGCAAUGUUAAUAUUUGUGGAUGCGGAAAAGGCUUUUGAUAAUAUUUCAUGGGAAUUUAUGUUAAAGAAUCUAGAAAUGAUGGACAUGGGACAAACGUUUUUAAAUGGUAUUAAGGCAAUAUAUACGGAGCAAAGAGCAAAAUUAAUAGUUAACAAUGUGACAACUGAAAAUAUUGCAAUAACGAAAGGUACAAGACAGGGGUGUCCUCUUUCACCAUUGUUAUUCAUCGUAGUGCUGGAGGUUUUACUUAAGACGAUAAGAAAUAAUGAACAAAUAAAAGGUGUGUCAGUGGGAUGUAAGGAAUAUAAAGUCAAGGCUUUUGCCGAUGACUUGGUUAUUACUGUGGAGGAUACCAUAAAUUCAGUAAUAGAAGUGUUGAAAGAGAUACCAUAUUUUUUGCACCAUAACACUCACUUUUUUCCUCCUAGAAAGUAAGGGGAAAUGUCUGUGCGUGUUAUGGAGGGAAUGCCUACGGGUGGCAUGCCUACGGAUUUUCCUCCUCUAAAAACUACGUGCGUGUUAUGGUUGGGUGCGUGUUAUAGAGCGAAAAAUACGGUAGAUCAGUUUGGUCAAGUGGCAGGAUUCAAACUGAAUAAGAAAAAUAAUUGUCAAAAAUAUGGACCAAGAAAUAAUGGAUAAAAUGCAGCAACAAGUAGAGAUGGAAGUAGUUUAAAAAGUGAAAUAUUUAGGAGUGUGGUUGACCCCCAAGAGUAUUGAUUUAUUUCAGAAUAAUUAUACGCUAAUUUGGAACAAGAUUAAAAGAGACGUUGAGGUGUGGGGAAGAAUGAAACUGUCAUUUUGGGGAAGAAUUGCAAAAAUUAAGAUGAAUGUGCUACCGAAAUUACUAUUUCUGUUUCAAACAAUUCCAAUAAUCAAAGGGGCAGCAAUUUUUAAAGAAUGGCAAAGAGUAAUUUCAAGGUAUAUCUGGCAGGGUAAGAAGCAGAGAAUAAAGUUUAAGUUAUUGACAGAUGCAAAAGAAAGAGGAGGCUGUGCCCUGCCAGACUUGAAAUUAUAUUAUGAAGCGCCAUGCCUCUGUUGGUUGAAGGAAUGGAUGAAAUUAGAAAAUACAGAAUUGUUAGAUUUGGAAGGUUUUGAUAAUAGAUUUGGGUGGCAUGCAUAUUUGUGGUAUGACAAGAAACGUGUACAUAAAGGUUUUGAAAACCAUGUAAUACAAAGGUCUCUUAUAGAAGUCUGGGAGAGGUAUAAAAAUUUAUUGGAGUCAAAAACUCCAUAUUGGUUAUCGCCAUUGGAGGCAAUGAGUGUAAAGAAAAUUAAUAUGAGGGGGGGUUGGCAACAUAUGAGAAGUUAAUUGAAAGAGAAAGAAGUAAAUGGAAAAUAAGACCAUUUGAAGAGGUUAAAGAAUAUGUUAAUGAUUGGCUGCAUUAUUUUCAAAUUAAUGAAAUGUUUAAGAAAGAUAUGCUACAAAGAGGUUUUGCUGAUAAAGAGUCUAAAUUUCAGAAAGAAAUAUUGAAUAAUGAAUUCAAAAGUUUAGCAAGAAUGUAUAAAUUAUUGUUGGAAUGGUAUACAAAGGAUGAAGAGGUGAAAUCGGUUAUGAUUGACUGGGCCAAAGAUUUUGGAUAUAAUAUACAAAUUAUAUACAAAUAUAAAAUCGGUUAUGAUUGACUGGGCCAAAGAUUUUGGAUAUAAUAUACAAAUAUACAAAUAGAUGAUUGGUUAAAAUUGUGGAAAGAUGGAAUAAGAUUUACGGCGUGCACUGCUAUAAAAGAAAAUGUAAUGAAGAUGAUGUAUCGAUGGUAUAUGACACCUGUAAAACCGGUAAAGAUGUAUAAGAUAAGUAAUAAAUGUUGGAAAUGUAGAGAAAAGGAAGGAACGUUUUACCAUAUGUGGUGGGACUGUAAAAAAGUUAAAAACUUUUGGGAAAUGAUUUAUAAUGAAUUGAAGAAAGUAUUGAAAUAUACAUUUGUAAAGAAACCAGAAGCGUUCUUACUAGGAAUAAUAGGUAAUGAGAUAGAUAAGAAAGAUAGGAAGAUAUUUUUAUAUGCAGUGUCAGCAGCAAGAACUUUGAUGGCCCAGAAGUGGAAACAAGAAGAGUUACCUACGACUGAAGAAUGGAGAAUGAAAAUGAUGGAUUAUGCGGAACUCGAUAGACUAACAGGAAGGAUCCAGAACCAACGUGAUCAAAGAUUUACAGAAGAUUGGAUGAAAUUUACUGAAUAUAUGCAAAAAUUAAGUGAUAAUCAGAUAACGUUUGUAAGUUUUAAGGAAGCUCUGUGAAGAGAAAAGGUAGGAAUAUUGUUAGAUUGUAAAAAAUUAAUUAAUAAUAUGGUGAAUUAAAUUUAAGAAAUGUGGAGAAAGUAAGUACUAGGAAGGUUUUUCAGGCGGGAGGAGGGAAGUCAAUAAGGAGGAAUUUGGAUGUAAAAAAAGAUGUUUUGGAUGUAUAAUUUGUUAUGGAAAAAGAAUAAAAAAAUAUAUUAAAAAAAACACAAAUACCUGACGAUGGUGCUGUUUGCCCAUCUCUUCCAGACAAAGACAUGUCUGCAGUUUCAACAGUCCCUCUGAUUUUGCUGGUGCUCCUGGGAACAUCUGCCAGUGCACUGGAUUGGUCCCUGGAAGGAGAAUGAAAAGGAUGGAAGGAAGUUCACGCCAAGCAAUACCUCAAGGUGCGUUUGCCGUGACAAGAUGUCAAUUUCCCCAAAGUAAUAGCACUGUUGAUUAUUGCAGAGAGAAAUUUCCCUUGGGAAAUUCAACUUUUCUUCAAGGGACCUAAAGGCAAAGACACUCUGUGCACAUGCAAAGUGCCUGGUUCCUUAUAAAAACGUAUUUGCUUUGUUGGAUUAGACAAAGGUUCCCUCAAAUUCAGCAUUGCGUUCUAGUGAGGGAAGUUUUCUUGGACAUAUGGGCCACAGCCAUUCUGUGCCCCCAGCAGCUGGUAUUCAGAGGUAGACUGUUCCUGGGCAUGGAGAUUCUUAUAAUGACCAGCUGGAAAAGGAACAUUUCAGAGGCAGGCAGCACCAAAUGGGCUCCUUUGGAGGAAGGUGAGAGGUAUAAAUAAAUAUAAUGGUGGUGGCCUUUUAGUAGAAUAAAAAUAAUAGCAUUAUUUUUUUCCCCUUGCUUUUUAUUUUUGUCCUAAAUUUAUUUGCCUUCUCACACGAGAUAAAGAAGAAAAUACAGUUAUAAAAGGGGGAACCAGUGAAAUUUAUAAAAUAUUAGUAGAAAUGGAGGAUCAAGAAGAUCAAUUAAGGAGUUCGUUUUACAUAAAUGUUUACUAGAUAAAUGAACUGGAAUUCCUCUCAAAAUGUAGAUCAUUCUGGGAAUAAUGUCCUGAGAGUGCGUUCUAUGUUACAAAUCAAACAUUGCUAGGAGGUUUUUCUUUUUGUUUUCUAAUGUAUUUCUUGUCGGGAGCUCCGUUUGAACGAGCCUUUGAAACCGCCUCUGACAAACAAUUAAUGACCUCAAGCCUUUGAUAAGGCUCCAAGCACAUUCUUCAAGCAGCAGAGUUCCCGGCAGGGAAAGAUGAGAUCGUAUGAGCUACAUUUUUAAAGAGUUUUAUUUCUAAACUACGCAGAACAAAAAAGACAUCCUCUCUCUAUGAAAGCAGAGAGCAACUGAACAAAGGAACAAAGGAACAAAGGAAGGAGGAAACCACUAACGUCACAUCCCGUCUCCCUUCCCGUGAGACUGCCAACAGUCUGGAAGCCCUGGAAUGUAAACACAGUCCUGUGACUCCAAGCAGCUGCACAGUGAGAAACAGAAACUAACAUCCUCCCCCUUUCUGUGAACACCACUGGGCAGCGUGUCAGUACAAUCUCAGUACAAACCCAAUUUCUGUACAUAGGUACAGUGUUGAUCCUUCGGAACAACCUUGGACAAUAAAUCAGCAGGAAUUUCAUUACCUGGCAUGUAGGACACUGUUACGAGUCCUUUCUGCACACAUUCUCUAGCAUGUUGCAGCUUCAAUUGCAAGUGCUUCGUGCUUUGCUUACAACCUUCAGAUGUCAGCAAAGCCAAACAUGCUUUGUUGUCCUGAUAAACCUGGAUUGGACAUUUGACAGGAAUUCUCAUGUCUUUGCACAACUGUAACAACCAUUCACAAUCCACAAGUGAAUAAGACAGUGCAUUCAGUUCAGCUUCACAAGUACUUAAGCUAACUGUUGUUUGCUUCUUGCACGACCAAUCAAAUAGACCCUGAUUGCACAUGUAGCAAACUCCAGACGUGCUUUUCCUGUCUGUAGUGUCACUUCCAAAACUCGCAUCAGCAAAUAUCUCAAGACCUCCAGACUUCUGAUUGUUAAAUCUCAGUCUGUAAUGCAUAGUGCCUUUCAAAUAGCGCGCUAUGCAUUUCAGAGCUUUCCAAUCCUUAACCGUAGGAUUGUUGACUUGUCUGCUUAGCAAAUUACAGCUAACUGCAAUGUCAGGUCUUGAACAUCUGGCAAUGAAGUUUAGUUUGCCUAGCACACUUCUGUACAGUGUAGUGUCAGAAAAUGCUCCUUCAGUGUCAUCUAGCUGAUAACCUGUUGUCAUCGGUGUGUCUACAGGGUUAGCAUCCAUCAGGUUUAGUUUGCUUAACACAUCAGCAAUUUUCUGUAACUGGUGUACUAGAAUAUUACCAUCUUGGUCUCUCUUUAUUUCCAGAGAUAGGUAGUUGGUUACCUCACCAAGAUCUUUCAUGUCAAAGUACUCCUUCAGUUGAGCUAGGGCACUAUUGUACAUUUUGACAUCCUUCCAAAAGAAAAGAAUAUCAUCAACAUAAAACAAGCAAUACACCUUAUUUUGCCCUUCCUCUUUGACAACUACAUAAGGAUCAGCUUUACCUUGCUGAAAACCUAGAGAAAAUAACACUUCAGUGAGUUUAGACUGCCAGCAUCGUGCACUUUGUUUGAGACCAUAUAGGGACUUCUUCAGAGAACAAACAAAUCCUUGUUUUACCUGUAUGCCAUCAGGUGGAAGCAUAUAAAGUAAUUCACCUAAGGUUCCGUACAAAAAUGCUGUAUUCACAUCGUGAUGAGAAACGUGUAGAUUCUCUUUUGCAGCAAAUUUGAACAUAUGCCUAAUGCUCUCAUACCUCACGGUGGGUGAGUAGGUCUCGUGAUAGUCUUCUCCUGGUACCUGUGAAAAACCUCUGGCUACCAAUCUGGCUUUGUGUCUGACUAUCUUGCCAUUUUGAUCUGUCUUUGCUUUGAAUACCCAUUUGCUGCUAACCAGCCUCAUUCCUGGGACUACUGGAACUAGCUCCCAUGUUUUGUUCCUCUCUAAGGAAUCAAGCUCAGCCUUCAUGGCAUUUAACCAUGGCUCAGCAUCCUUCGAGUCCAAAGCCUGGAUCUCUUGGAAACUUGAAGGUUCAGAUACCUUCUUGGGGCUAUUAACAGCAGUUACAGCUUUUGCUGCUUUAGCAAAUUCAUUAGCAAAUCUCUUUGGAGGUCUGCCUUUUGUGGCUCUUUCAGACCUGCGAAUCAGACGUAGGUCUUCAACACUCUCCUCUUCUUUCUUAGGAGAAAAGUGGCCUAUAAUGAACAGUGGUUCCUCCAAUUCUCGAUCAGAGCCUUCAGAGGGUCACAUAGAGGCCUUGGCACUCUUGAAAUCCUCUGAACCAUCUGUUUCAAUUUCAGAUUCAGAAUCAGAACCUUCAUCAGUGGGUGUGGAGUUUUGCUGCUGUUUAUCCUCAGAUUCUUCAGGAUAACAUUGGAAAAUUCCCACAUUCUCCCCCCACUUGGCAUUAUACUCAACACUUCUAGUGAGCCUAAUUGUCUUAGAGUCAGUCGUAAUUACUCUGUAAUAACCUUUCUGAUAUCCUAGAAAGAUAGCAUGCAAACCACGUUUGCCUAACUUGGAGCUUUGUGGUGUGUGAACCCACAUGACAGAACCAAAAAUUCUCAUGUGCUUGAUGAAUGGUUUCUUGCCAAACAUCUUUUCAUAGGGGGUACAACCAAUCGGUGAUGAUAAUCUGCAAUUAUAAGUGUAAACAAAACAGCUGAGCGAUUCUGCCCAAUAACUCUCUGGAAGAUUGGCAUCAUGCAGCAAGGUUUUCAAGCCUUGAAGCAAUGUUUGGCUUGCCCUUUCACAAAGUCCAUUCUGCCAUGGCGAAAGAGGACUAGACAGAUCAUGUUGAAUUUCUUUCCCAGUCAGAAAAGCUUCAAACUGCUGAGAAGUGAAUUCUCCCCCUCGAUCUGUAAACAAACAUUUCACCUGUUUGUCAUGCACAUUUUUCAACCAAGCACAAAAUUUCUUGAACCUAGGAAACACUUCUGAUUUCUGCUUGAGAUUGAACACAUGAAUAUACCUGGAAAAUAAAUCAAUGAGGACCAUGAAGUACCUGGCUCCACCCAAAGAGGGUGUUAGAGGACCAACGAGAUCAGCAUGCACUACCUGGUAUGGUUCUGUAGCUUGUCUACUAGACACCUUACCUUUUGCAGCCAUUUUGACCUUGUUUGCUGCACAUGCCUUACACUUCAUGUGGUACCUGCAGGGUUCAACUAAAGCAGGCAUUUUGGAAACUGCCUCGAAGUUUAAAUGACCAAAUUUCCUGUGAUAAUCAUGAAUACAUCCUGCAUGCAAAACCUUGUUAGUAUCUGCAAUACAAGAAGUUUCAUCCUGCACAACAUCAACAGAAUCAUCAUAAUGCAAUACAAACAAACGAUCAACAUAAUCAGCAUGCAAUACAAAGUCAUCUUUCUUGGUGAUGGUGCACUUCCUCUUCUUGAAGGAAACGUCUAUGUCCUGUUCAGUCAGCUGCGAGACACUCAGUAGGUUAUGUGCAGCAUCUGGAACAAAAAGAACGUUGCGUAUCUGUAGAGUUUGGUGAUUACAGGGUUAACUUAUAGAGUUUGGUGCUUCGUGUCUGAGGGAGGGUUUUUUCUAUAAGAAGUCAGCCAGGAUGUCACGUCCCAGUUUCUUUGUUCUGUGAUUCUAGUUUCGUUUUCAGUCAGAGCUGAGUCGGAGUGUGUUUGAACUAUGAGAAGAAAGAUGUGUGAAAGCUCGGACGGAACAAUUUACUGCUUGUAAAUAAUAAAGCUUCUAGAUUAGAAGAUUCUGUCUCUGGACUGUUUCACUCCCUAUUCUCCCACAACAGCAACGCCGCUGCAUCUCUGCUACUACUUCUGCCUCAGCUGAAGUGUUUUCCCAGAAGAUUGCACUGAGAGGGAAAGCAGUGUUUUUUGGCGCAGGGAAGCGUACUGGACAGGCAGAAGUCCAAAAGGUUAUGGAAAGUUGACGUUUUGGUUGCUAAGCGAUGAGAAGGGAGUGCAGAGAGACGUCUGCCAGCUGGAUCUCCUGCCGGGAAGCAAAGACAGUUUCUGAGGUCGCUGGUGAAGAGAGGGGAGCAGAGCCUUCUUCGGAAACCCAGUUGGCAGACUGAGUAAGUACUCAAGUCACAGAAGGGAGGGAAGAUAUGGCUCAGCCCCAGAUGUGUCAUGUUCCCUUUGAGAGCCUAAGUGGGACUAAUUGGAGUGAGUGGUCUGUUCGCAUGAAGUUCUUCUUGCUGGGGGAACAGCUGUGGCAGUGUGUGCACCCCCCAAUGCCUGAAGCUGGUGGGAAGGCUGAGGCAAAGAUGGCUGCAGCUCAAGAGGAGGAGCAGCGUGUGCUGGGCAUUUUCAAAGCAAGUGUUGAGGCUUGUCUUUUGCCACUUGUGGAGCGUGUCAAAGAGCCAAGAGCUGCUUGGGAAUCCCUCCGAAAGGCAUGUGAGGCCGGAGUGAAAGGCAAGGGCCAAGAGAGGGCUGAAGUGACACCAGAGGGGGCAAACUCGUGCCCUGAGAGUCCAGUGAGUUCAGUGAGCCUAGUGGGGGCUGGAAAGAGCCCACAGAGGGCAGUGAGCCUGGAGAGCCCAUUGAGCCCAGUGAGGGCAGAAGGGACUGUGUCUGUGCUUGUUCCUGAUGGAAGCUGUGGCAAUACUUCAAUGCAUCUGUGUGAUGUACUGGGAGAGAGGCCGAGAGUUGUGAGGAAAGCAGUGGCAGGCUGUUUCUCUGGAAGCCCUGCACUCAGCAGAGAGGGUGCAGGCAGAAGUUCUGCUCCCAGCAGUGGUGGGGGGGGGGGCAGUCAGCAGUGAAAGCUCUGGAAAGCCUUUGUCUCCAAAAGUCUCCGAGAGUUGUUUUUGCAAAGAGUCGAAGGCAGACCGUGGGAAGCCUUGUUCUGCAAAAAGCUCCAAGGUCGCACAGCUGCAGAAAGAGCUGAUAAGAGACGGUUCUCAGCAGCAGAGACGUGGGAAAGCUUCAAAAGGCACAGGAGGUGCAGAGAACAGAGACAAGUCAUCGUUCUUUCAUCUUGCUGCAGCUACGGUAGCUGUGAAGGACAUUGGCAGAGCCCCCAGUCGGGGGGAGAGUGUUGCUGUGGCAACCGUGCAGGACACCUGCAAAGGCCCCAGCCAGGGGGACAAUUGAGGGGAGAGCGUUGCUAUGGCAAUUCUUGAGGAAGCUCAGCGAUAAGACACUGUCUCCAUUGUGAUUGACAGUGGAGUGACGCAUUGCCUCGUUCCCUUUUCUGGCCUUCUUCGAAACUGCAAGGAAGUAAAAACUGGUCGCUAUGUCUCCCUAGCAGAUGGGAGUAAACGGCCACUCACACAGACUGGGAUGCUUUAUUGUUCUUUUCUUGAUCAUGAAGUUCAGGCCUAUGUUGUUCCUGAGAUAGCAAAUUGCCUGUUAAGUGUAUCUGCUUUAGUAGCAGAUGGCUUCUGUAUAUCUUUUGUAAAUAACGUGUGUUCUUUUUCCAGGGAUGGCAAGGAGCUGUAUACUGUGGAAUGCAGGGACAGAUUAUUUACUGUACAGAUGCCAGUUGUUACUGAUGAUGCCACUGAGGAAGCAAGGGUGCAAUGUGUGAAUGUAGCACCACAUAGUGGUUGUGCUCAUCUCUGGCACAGAAGAUUUGGGCAUCUGGGUUGGAGUUAUGUUAAAAAAGCCCCUGAAUUAACAGAAGGGUGUAAAUUUAAGGCUUGUGAUAAAUUCCUGGAUUGUAGAGCCUGCAAACAAUCUAAGGUUGUCACAUGCUCUUAUCCCAAGUCAGAAAGGAAGACCACUAGUCCUUUUGAAUUGGUUCAUGCAGAUUUGUGUGGUCCAAUGUCUGUAGAGUCCCUGGGGGGCUCAAAGUUUGUUCUUCUUCUGGUCGAUGACUUCUCGAGAUCGGCUUGGGUUUUUUCUUUAAAAAACAAGGGAGAGGCUGCUGGGUUGAUCAAAGAUUGGAUCACAGCAGUAGAGGUAACCUUCUCCACCAAGGUGAAAAGUUUUCAAAGUGACAGGGGGGCGGAGUUCACUGGGUCUGCGUUGCAGAAUUUCUUCCGACAGAAGGGAAUCAGCCAUAGGUUGACCGCGCCCCAUAGUCCACACAGAAUGGAAUUGCGGAAAGGAAAAAUAGGACUUUGCAGGAAGCAGUGUCCACCAUUAUUUUUGAUGCAGGGCUACCGCAGCGUUUUUGGGCCAAAGCCUGGCGUUUUUCUGUUUUUACACAGAACAGAGUGUACAAUUCAAGUGUAGGGAACACACCCUAUUUCCUGCUGCACGGUAGGAAGCCCAAGGUGCAUUACCUCCGUGUGUUUGGUUGUGAGGCCUGGGUCCACAUUCCAAAGGCUCUGCACAGGAAGGGUGAGCCUGUUGGUUUCCAUUUCCUCACUGAGCAGCAAAUGCUUGUCACAAGACAAAUGUUUACAUUCCACAGUCAGAGUUACUGUUGGGUUCCCACGGGAAUGGGAGACUGGAUAUGACGUACACUGGUUUCCUGUAUUUCCGUGUUUCUUUUUUUUUUUUUUUUUAAAGAUAUUUAUUGAGAAUUUAAAAUUACAGAAAGAGAAAGGAAAAAACAAGAAAAAAGAAAAGGAAAAAAGGUAGACAAAAAGAAAGAUUAAACAAUAUAAGUCAAUAAAAACAAAAGUCAAAAAAACAAAAACAAAACACACAAUACAUCAGAAUCAAAAAACAAAAAUAAACAAAAAAUUUAAAAGCAAAUCCAAUAUUCCCAAAUCUUUAUCUUUCAUUUGCUUGUUUCAUUGACCUCCUCACACCUCCCUUUUUUGUAUUCUAGUUAUUAAUUAUCUCAGCAAAUCCUUUUCAUCUUUCACAAUAUUCUGUCAUUAAAUUACCUUAAUCUAUUUUAACCUUAUCUUACCAUAAAAAACCCUAAAGCUUAAAACUUAAAUCUUAUUUAUACCUAAUUCUUUUUAACAAAACAUAUUUAUACAUAAUUCUUUUUAACAUUUCUACUAAAGCCAAAUAGUUUCAUUCCAACAUUUUUCUAAUGCUCAUUAAUUUUACAAUGAUUUUCUAGGUGAAUAUUUAAAAUUUUCUUCCAAUCUUCAUCCGUCGUCUCUUCUUCCUGGUCUCGGGUUUUGUCAGUCCUUUCUGUCCCAUCCAUCUAGUCCAUCAACCUGGUGACCUUCUAUCCGAGGCUCUUAAGUCUUUUCCAUGUCCCUUCUGCAGGUCUUCUUCGUGUUUAUACCUGCACUUUACUUUAUCUUCUGCUGAUCUUAUUCUUAAUUUCCUUCCUUUCUCUCGGGGAGACUCCAACUUGACAAUAUCUUUAUCCCUUCUCAACAAGUCAGCCCAUUCUCCAUAGUCGACACUGAAAUCCAAAAGAUAUUUGAAGGCAUGUUUCAAAGUUCCUCCAAGGUUAAGGGCCCCCACAACUCCAAACUCCCCCUGGCCCAAAGCCAGAUCCGAAAAGUCAAAACAUCCCUGCAUAGGGGGAUCUAUCCAACUUCCCAUCUCCAGACCAAACAGUACUCCAUCUCUCCAAAUCUGACUUUCUCCAGAUUCAGUCGUCAAAAACAGCAACUUAUGUUCCUGCAAGGCCGCAGCUCUCUCCAUUUCUGGUACUUGAGGUUCAGCAACUACCUCCUCCUUUAUCUUCUUCACCACUUGCUCUGUCAAAGCACAUUCCUGGGUUAAUUCCUGAGUGGUUUCUAUAUAAGUAUUCACUGUUUGUCCAAAAUUUCCAACUGCAACAGUCAUCAAAUCCAUCUUCUCAUGUAGCUGUUCCAGUAAAGCACUUGUCUUGCAAAAAGCAAGCACUAAAGCUUCUUCUGGGCACAUUCUUGUUCAAGGUCGGUGUCUAAUUCCCACGAUCUUUUAUCUCUACAGCUGUAGAAUUCCCCAGAUCGACUCCAGCAACAGUUUCACAAGCUCCCUCUAGAGGAAACAAUUUCUAUUUGUAUCCGUCUUUUUAAAAGCAGAUCUAGCAACAAAGUUCCUUUCGUUUUCCAGAUAUUUUGUUUCUUUUAAGUGCAAAAGGGAACAUUGGAAUCAAUAUGUUUCUCUUUUUUAACUAUCUGUCAAAAACGUUUUAUCCACAGUCAAUGAACUUCCCCAAAGUGUCUGUCUCUGACACCCUGCUCCCAGAAUCAAGACGGUGGAAAUUUAUCUUUCUUUACUCUCUCUCUUCUGCAGGUUUAAACAGUCUAAAAAGACCCCCCCUCUUCUCCUGCUUCCAAGGGGGGUUUAGUAAUUUUAGCUGAUGGAAAUUUAGUCCUUUACAAACGACUUUCCAGACUCUAGCUUGUAAUGUCUUUGCUUCAAUCUAUUUACAAAAGCGGAAGGUGGACUUCCUGUUUAGACCUUCCCGCUUCAGUGCCAAAUUAAAAAGUUUCAUAAUCCAAUUUUCCGUUCUACUCACGGGCAGUUGUUUAAAAUCCAAUUGUCCACAGGAAAAAGUCAGCGCUCUCCGGCAACAGCAAUGCGGCUUCACUCCGUGAAAAGAGCAGUCGAUUCGAAGCACCGCGCCAUUCACCCCACGUCGCUCCGGAUCCCCAAAACCGGGUUCCCCGCGAGUAGGGGAGGCGCAAAAGGUGCCAGCCGAAUCCCACGUCCACAGGCUUCUCCCGCCUGUGGUUUUUAGUGGGUCUCCGCCUUGCCGCGGCGGUCCAGACCCUGGUUCUCACGAAGCGGAUUCCUCCUGGUCAGAGGAAAUCCGCCAUUGCCGGAGGCGGUAACCCGGAAGUCCCCUGUUUUUCAGUGUUUCUCUCGGCUUUCUUUGUGUCGAGAGGGAGUUGCUUCUCUGCUCUCACAGAGGCAGGAUGCAUGUUUGUAUUCUCUCAGCAUAGAGUAGUCCUCUGGACACGUUCCAGUUUGUCAGUGUCCUUCUUGAACUGUGGUGCCCAGAACUGGACACAGUACUCCAGGUGAGGUCUGACCAGAGCAGAAUACAGUGGCACUAUUACUUCCCUUGAUCUAGAUGCUAUACUACUAUUGAUGCAGCCCAGAAUUGCAUUGGCUUUUUUAGCUGCCGCGUCACACUGUUGGCUCAUGUCAAGUUUGUGGUCAACCAAGACUCCUAGAUCCUUUUCACAUGUACUGCUCUCAAGCCAGGUGUCACCCAUCUUGUAUUUGUGCCUCUCAUUUUUUUUGCCCAAGUGCAAUACUUUACAUUUCUCCCUGUUAAAAAUCAUCUUAUUUGUUUUGGCCCAGUUCUCUAAUCUGUCAAGGUUGUUUUGAAGUGUGAUCCUGUCCUCUGGGGUGUUAGCCACCCCUCCCAGUUUGGUGUCAUCUGCAAAUUUGACCAGGAUGCCCUUGAGUCCAUCAUCCAAGUCGUUGAUAAAGAUGUUGAAUAAGACCGGGCCCAAGACAGAACCCUGUGGCACCCCACUAGUCACUCUUCUCCAGGAUGAAGAGGAACCAUUGAUGAGCACCCUUUGGGUUCGGUCAGUCAGCCAGUUACAAAUCCACUGAGUGGUAGCAUAGUCAAGACCGCAUUUUACCAGCUUCUUUACAAGAAUAUCAUGGGGCACCUUGUCAAAUGCCUUGCUGAAAUCAAGGUAGGCUACAUCCACUGCUUUCCCUUCAUCUACCAGGCUUGUAAUUCUGUCAAAAAACAAGAUCAGGUUAGUCUGACAUGACUUAUUUUUCAGAAAUCCAUGCUGACUAUUGGUGAUCACAGCAUUCCUUUCUAGGUGCUCACAGACUGUUUGCUUAAUGAUCUGCUCCAGAAUCUUCCCUGGUAUUGAUGUCAGACUGACUGGGCGGUAAUUAUUUGGGUCCUCAAAUAAAGACACAAUAAAGACACAAAGCCAGAUUGGUAGCCAGAGGUUUUUCACAGGUACCAGGUGAAGACUAUCAUGAGACCUACUCACCCACCGUGAGGUAUGAGAGCAUUAGGCUUAUGCUCAAGCUUGCUGCAGAAGAGAAUCUACAUGUUAGUCACCACGACGUGAAUACAGUGUUUUUGUACGGAUCUCUAGGUGAAUCUCUUUAUAUGCUUCCACCUGAUGGCGUACAGGUAAAACAGGGAUUUGUUUGUGCUCUGAAGAAGUCCCUUUAUGGUCUCAAACAAAGUGCACGGUGCUGGCACACUAAACUUACUGAAGUAUUGUUUUCUCUAGGUUUUCAGCAAGGGAAAGCUGAUCCAUGUGUAUUUGUCAAAGGGGAGGGGCAAAAGAAGCUGUAUUGCUUGUUUUAUGUUAACGAUAUUUUGUUCUUUUGGAAGGAUGUCACAAUGUACAAUAACACCCUAGCUCAACUGAAAGAGCACUUUGACAUGAAAGAUCUUGGUGAGGUAAACAACUACCUAUCUCUGGAAAUAGAGAGAGAUCAAGAUGGUAACAUUCUAGUACACCAGUCACGGAAAAUUGCUGAUGUGUUAAGCAAACUAAACCUGAUGCAUGCUAACCCUGUAGAAACACCGAUGACAACAGGUUAUCAGGUACAUGACACUGAAGAAGCAUUUUCUGACACUACACUGUACAGAAGUGUGCUAGGUAAACUGAACUUCAUUACCAGAUGUUCAAGACCUGACAUUGCUGUCAGCUGUAAUUUGCUAAGCAGACAAGUCAACAAUCCUACUGUUAAGGAUUGGAAAGCUCUGAAACACAUAGCUCGCUAUUUGAAAGGCACUAUGCAUUACAGACUGAGAUUUAACAAUCAGAAGUCAGGUGGUCUUGAGAUAUUUGCAGAUGCAAGUUUUGGAAGUGACACUACAGACAGGAAAAGUACGUCUGGAGUUUGCUACAUGUACAAUCAGGGUCUAUUUGAUUGGUCAUGCAAGAAGCAAACAACAGUUAGCUUAAGUACUUGUGAAGCUGAACUGAAUGCACUGUCUUAUUCACUUAAGGAUUGUGAAUGGUUGUUACAAUUGUGCAAAGACAUGAAAAUUCCUGUCAAAUGUCCAAUCCAGGUUUAUCAAGACAACAAAGCAUGUUUGGCUUUGCUGAAUUCUGAAGGUUGUAAGCAAAACACGAAACACUUACAAUUGAAGUUGCAACAUGCUAGGGAAUGUGUUCAGAAGGGACUCGUAACGGUGUCCUAUAUGCCAGGUAAUGAAAUUCCUGCUGAUGUAUUGUCCAAGGUUGUAUCAAGGGAUCAACACUGUACCUAUGUGCAGAAGUUGGGUUUGUACUGAGAUUGUACGAACAUGCUGCCCAGUGAUGUUCACAGAAAGGGGGAGGAUGUUGGUUUCUAUUUCCUCACUGAGCAGCAAAUGCUUGUCACAAGACAAAUGUUUACAUUCCACAGUCAGAGUUACUGUUGGGUUCCCACGGGAAUGGGAGACUGGAUAUGACGUACACUGGUUUCCUGUUUUUCAGUGUUUCUCUCAGCUUUCUUUGUGUCGAGAGGAAGUUGCUUCUCUGCUCUCACAGAGGAAGGAUGCAUGUUUGUAUCCUCUCAGCAUAGAGUGUAAAUAAACUUUAGCAAUGUAGCACAUUUACCUGCUUAUCCUUUUGCUGCUGGACUACUCUGCUUGGGCUCAAGAUAAGACGAGCCUGUACCAGUUCCAGAUGGGCCGGAGCUGGUCAAACUGACAGAGCCAAGGUCUAAGAAAAUGAUCUUUGUGGGGUAUGAGCUGUCGGUUUGUAAGCCCCCUCCACAGAGGCUGGCCCCUCUCACAGAUUUCGGAGCUUGCUUACCGGUAACCUCCUCUGGCUGAUAUCCAGACAGACCAGGGAGAUUUUGAUAGGUGACAUUUUCCCAAGCGUGGGUAAAAUGCACACCCCUCCUCCUGCUUCCGCAGGGGAAAGAAAAGUAGUCAGAAAUCUAUUUACAUGAUGUUUAUUUCUGACAUUACAGCACUACAGAAAAACAUGUCCUUUCAGUUCAGUUCUUCCAGCACGUCUGACAAACUUCCUGUACACAAGCAAACGGAAGGUUUCAAAUUACACUCUUCACAGAGACUUUUCCAGCCUGUGAACUUCCUGGGAAAUUCUUCUUUCCCACAGAUAGGCGCAUCAUGUGAUGUCAACAAUCUGGCUGUUUGCAGCUGCGAUGUUUCCAUAUACUGACAUCCUCCCCCAUAUGAAUCAUCGUUAGCUGCGGACAAAGCUUGAUCCAGAGAAGAAAACAAACAGUUGUUAUACAUAUAACAAUCCCCUGUUGUUUCAGUUCCACCCUUGGAACUACCCGCCACUGGUUUCACCAAUGAAACUCUCUGGUUGUCUGUUUUCCAAGGAAUGAGUGCAUCUGCAUUACGUUAGCUAGGAAAUGUAGUGUUACGCUUAGCAACUCCCUGUUGUGUCUUUGUCUCUGACUUAGACAUACCCUUAACCGGACCACAGGUAUGAAGUUUACGGCAUGUAAUGCCUUAAGAGAGAAUAUUAUGAAAAUGAUAUACAGGUGGUACAUGACACCAGUCAAGCUUGCAAAAAUCUAUCAUUUGCCCGAUAACAAAUGUUGGAAAUGUAAAGAAACUGAAGGUACAUUCUUUCACCUUUGGUGGACAUGCCCAAGGAUUAAGGCUUUCUGGGAGAUGAUUUAUAAUGAAUUGAAAAAGGUAUUUAAAUAUACCUUCUUGAAGAAACCAGAGGCCUUCCUUCUGGGCAUAGUCGGCCAAUUGGUGCCAAAGAAGGACAGAACUUUCUUUAUGUAUGCCACAACAGCAGCAAGAAUACUUAUUGCAAAAUAUUGGAAGACACAAGAUUUACCCACUCUGGAAGAAUGGCAGAUGAAGGUGAUGGACUAUAUGGAAUUGGCGGAAAUGACUGGCAGAAUCCGAGACCAGGGAGAAGAGUCGGUGGAAGAAGAUUGGAAGAAAUUUAAAGACUAUUUACAGAAAUACUGCAAAAUUAAUGAAUGUUAGAAUGAUGUCAGAAUGAAGUUAAGUGGUUUUAGCAGCAAUGUUAUAAAGGUGUAUGUAAAAAUAGAUUGUUAAUAGGUGAGAAUCCAAAGCUAUAAUAUAUUAAGUUAAAGGAUUAAGACAAAAACAAAGAGGGAAAGAAAUUGCUGAAUUAACCAAUUGAACUAAAAUACAAAAAAGGGAGGUGAGAGGAGGUCAGGGAAACAAGGAAAUGAAAUGUAAGGUACGGAAAGAUUGAUUUGUUUUUAAGUUUUUUUAUCUUUUUUCUGUAUUUUGUAUUUUGUAUUUUUUCUUUUUUUCUUUUUUCUUUUGUUUCUUUUCUUUUUAUCUAUGUAAUCUUCUGUUUUUGAAACCUUAAUAAAUAUUAUUUCAAAAAAAAAAAAUAGACAUACCCUUAACCUGGCUUGAGUUGUCAACAAUAGCAAUACAUGCAACAGCUGAACUAGCAAACUCUUGAGAAUACCUCUUGGGUGGUACGCCCUUUGUGAUUCUCUCAGACCUGCGUAUGAGGUGCUGAUCCUCCUUGCUGACUGGUUCAGUCUCAGGACUCUUUGGAGAACCAGUUCCAAUAGUAAACAGUGGUUCAUCCUUCACUUGUGAAGGUCUAGCUUCUGUGUGUGAACCUUUCUCAAUGACUGUGUCAACAGAACUCUCUGAGCUUUCUGUGUCACUUUCAGUACCACUAUAAUCAGAAAAAUCAAAAUCAUCAUCUGAAUUGUCAUCAGUGGGAAAUGUGUGAAAAAUUACUCUCUCCUGUCCAGGAGCACUUUCUAGAAAUUUUGUGAGAAUCACCUGACCAGAUUCAGUCAAAAUUACUCUGUAGAGACCCUUUUCAUAACCCACAAAAAUGCCUCUGGCAUUCGCCACCCCAUCUGGAGUUUCAGUCCUGAUUUGAGACCCAAAAACCUUAAAAUGUGUGACAGAAGGUUUUCUUUGGAACAGCCUCUCAAAAGGAGAACAUUCCAUACCCUUUGAAACCUUUCUCACCCAAGUGUAACAAAAACAAGGUAAAGACUCAGCCCAAAACUCAUGUGGCAAGUGUGAACUCAGCAGUUGUGCCUUCAUGCCAUUCUGCAACUGUUUGUUCACUUUUACAUAAACAGUUUUGUUCCCUGCAGCUUCAGAAACAGCAACCUUGUGCUCUAUCCCUUGCUUCUCAAGGAAAUCCUGAAAAUCCUGUGAAAGAAAAAUUGGCUUCUCAUCUGGGAAAAGAAAAUCAAUAUUAGCAUUAUGAACACUCUUAACCUUAUCACAAAACUCCUUAAACCUUUCUAAGGUUUCUCUGGGAUUCUGCAAAAUGUAUAUCCAUACAUAUUGAGAAAAAUGAUCAACAAAUACAAGAUAGUAUUUUGCAUUACCUCUAGAUGGUGCUAAAGGACCAAUUACAUCAGCAUACACUCGCUGAAAAACUCUGUUAAUCUUUGUUGCCUUUCCUCUCGAGUCUUCUUUCGAGAUACCUGCAAGAGAAAGCAUUUUAGAUUCACAUGCUGUGCACAUUUUAUAAUCAUUUUUAUCAAAAGUUAACAGAUACAGUCCAUCUUUCUCUCUUGCAGAAAGCUACAGCUCUCCAUCUUUGUAGAUUUUGCAACUUUCCUCAUCAUAGGAUAACACCAGUUUCUUCUUAGAGAUUUGAGAAACACUCAGCAAAUUGUACUUUAAAUCAGGAACAAAAUAAACAUUGUUUAUAGUCAAGUUCAGGCUUUCUAGAUACACAGUUCCGAUCCCAGUUGCUUCCAUUUCCUGACCGUUGGCCAGUUUCACAGUGAAGCGUUGCUUCUCAAACGUAGAAAACAGGUCUCGGCGGGAUGCCAUGUGUUGCGUGCAUCCUGUGUCGAUAACAAAAGCGUUUUCCACUGAUGAUGUGGCUUUUAGUGACAUCAAAGCCAUAUCUGGUUUUGCCUGGGACUGGGUAUGACCUUUGUUUGACGCCUCAGGCUUUACAGAGCUCCCUCUAGCUCCUUUCUCCUGACAUGGUGUCUCCUGACGAACAGCGUUCUGAGCUACAGCUUUCUCCUCUGUAGCAAUUGUAGUGGGGGUGCUUGAUUUCUGAGCUUCACUCCCCCCAUCAGCAACAGCCAUUGCAGCAAAAACAGGAUCAUCAACAGCAUCAGUAGCAACAGUCCCUUCUCUUCCCUUUUGUGGCUCAAAGCUCCUCCCAGCUUUCGAUGAGCUCUCAAGAAUUUGGCUAGCUUCAUCUUGGCUCUCCCCCUUUGGUGCAACCAAUUCUCGGUCCUUGCUUCCCACCCCAGCUUCACAAGCUUUCCGGAGUGACUCCCAAGCGACCCUUGGUUCUUCUGCACCCUUUAGGACUGGCUCAAGAUAAGUGUCCACAUUUUCUGCCAAAAUUCUGAUCACACACUGCUUCAAAUCACUUUGAAUUGCCGCCUUCUUCCCCUGUGAUUGUACAGCAACAGGCUCUGGGGUCUGGACUAAGUCCCAUAAUUGCUCUCCCACCAGCAUGAAUUCCAUUUCAAAUGACCAUUCUAGCCAGUUUUGGCUAUUCAGUUUCUGAGAGAACAGAGCCAUCUUUAAUCCCAAGCUGCAGCUUCAGCUACAAGAAGAAGAAGAAGAAGAGUUUGGAUUUGAUAUCCCGCCUUUCACUCCCUUUAAGGAGUCUCAAAGCGGCUAACAUUCUCCUUUCCCUUCCUCCCCCACAACAAACACUCUAUGAGGUGAGUGGGGCUGAGAGACUUCAAGGAAGUGUGACUGGCCCAAGGUCACCCAGCAGCUGCAUGUGGAGGAGCGGAGACGCGAACCCGGUUCCCCAGAUUACAAGACUACCGCUCUCAACCACUAGACCACACUGGCUGGAAAAUCCAAAAGUCUAUAUCCUGUUUACUAGCUGCUUUGCACCUGGCAGUCAGCCCAGCUGCCUGGAAUUUUCCCUUCCGAGAAUCUGUAAACAAUAAGCCUUCCGCUGCAAUCCAACAGCAAUCAGCAAGCUGCGCUCUACUUGGAAAGUCCCUUUCCAACAGUUUGUUUACAACAAGCGUCGCUGAAAAACCCAGCCUUGCUUUCGCUUUUGAAGCUUCUUUUCUCUCUUUGCUCUUUAAGGUAACCAGCUCAUAAAUUUUAGCUCAAAAAGUACUCACGAUUCCGUCUCCAAGCAACGGCAGCUCUUAUCAGCUCUGGAAUGUGAAGUAUGUUGCUGCUUCUCCGCUCUGUUUUAUCCAAAACAGGAGCCUUUUUCUCAGUGAACCGAAGACUUUUAAAUUCGCGUUCACCAUCCAGCCAUAAAUCAGCAUCGCAGAGAUACGUGGAUCGGUGCUUAUCAGCAAAAAAAAGUCUCCCACCUGGUGCUUCAGCUUGUUGUGGCAACCAUCGGGCUCUGCUACCAUUUGUCGGUUUGCAAGCCCCCUCCACAGAGGAUGGCCCCCUCACAGAUUUCGGAGCUUGCUUACCGGUAACCUCCUCUGGCUGAUAUCCAGACAGACCAGGGAGAUUUUGAUAGGCGACAUUUUCCCAAGCGUGGGUAAAAUGCACACCCCUCCUCCUGCUUCCGCAGGGGAAAGAAAAGUAGUCAGAAAUCUAUUUACAUGAUGUUUAUUUCUGACAUUACAGCACUACAGAAAAACAUGUCCUUUCAGUUCAGUUCUUCCAGCACGUCUGACAAACUUCCUGUACACAAGCAAACGGAAGGUUUCAAAUUACACUCUUCACAGAGACUUUUCCAGCCUGUGAACUUCCUGGGAAAUUCUUCUUUCCCACAGAUAGGCGCAUCAUGUGAUGUCAACAAUCUGGCUGUUUGCAGCUGCGAUGUUUCCAUAUACUGACAUGAGCCUGGCUCAAAGGCUUGGAGGUUUGCAUACCCGAGUGGGAACCAGUCCAGACUGGUAAUCAGCAACAGUGCUGAUGUGAUGGCCUGGGAGUCUGAUUCAGAAGCUGAACCUGAGGAGUUCCAGCCUGCACAGGAGUCCCUGCCUCCAGGGCCGGCUGAGCCGGGGCAGGGGCUUGAAUCUGAAGGGCCUGCACCUGUGCCGGGUCCUCAGGAGCAGACACCAGAUGUAUCCACUCUGGCUCCGGAGGUGAUUGAGGGCCCAUUGCCUGCAGGUGUGCCUCUCCCAGCCCAGUCAGUGAAGCUGCUCCUGGGUCCAAUAACCCUCCAGCCUCUCCUGAGCUGCAGAGGCUCAGGGCAGAGAGGCGGAGGGAACUAAGUUCUCUGAGGAGGAGUGCUCGCCUUAAGGCCAGGAGAGGCGGGUCACCUGUGGGCCGGGACCGCCCCUGGCCUCAGAGGAAAUAAAGGCCAAUCAGCCCAGUCCCAGGUUGCAGGAGCAACGUCGUUGGAAACCUGUUUCUGCCAGCACCCAGCCCUGUUCUUCCAGAGUUCCCGACCACGCCCGGCUUCACGCUUUGGACCCCGCUUCACCCUUGGUGGACAUUCUCCAGAUCCUUGACCCAGGACCAAACUCUGACCACGCCACACGGUAACCUCCCCCCGGGACCAGCACAGCUGAGUUCUGUGAACAGGCUGGAUGGACACGUCUGCAUGCCAAUCCAGACGUGCUUUCACAGCAGUUCUUUGACUCAGAUGGUGAGGAGGAGGAAGAGGAACUUGCUGUUGAGGACCAAAGUCCAGAGCAGCAGAAUCCGCCACAGGGACGGAGUCCACAACAGGGGCAGUUCAGGAUCCCUCAGAGGGGGAGUCCCAAGACACCUCCUCAAACCACUGUCAAGUCUGAGCCAAAGAGUGAGCCCUCCUCACCUGCUGGACCGGCUGUCAGGUUCAAAAGGCGCAGCAGGUCAGAGGGGGAAGUCUCUGACACUGAGGAUAGUCUUGCUAGCCCUAGUGGGUCAGAGGAGGCACCAGGGUUCAUGCUGAGGAGGUCAGCAAGGCCAACCAAGGGCAAGCCACCUGAUAGGUUCGAGGUCACAAGUGUGUGGGUAGGUGUGGCUAGAUGUGAACCUGAAUCCUUCAAGGAUGUUCAAAAGUUGCCUCAGGAAGAAGCCAGCAAAUGGCAUGAGGCAAUGCAGAAAGAGAUGAGAUCAAUGGAGUUGCUUGGUGUAUUCUCGCUCACAAAAUUGCCGGCUGGCAAGCAAGCAGUGAGUUGCAGAUGGGUUUAUCGCCUUAAACCCACAGAAGCUGGAGAACCACAAUACAAAGUGAGACUUGUUGCCAGAGGUUUCACACAGAGAAAAGGGAUUCAUUUCACGGAAGUGUAUUCACCUACUUCUCGGAGUGUAACACAGCACAGAGAGGCUGGGAGGUAAACCACUUUGAUGUGGAUGUUGCCUACCUGAACCCAGAUCUUCAGGAGGAGUUGUACAUGCUCCCUCCUCCAGGUUUUGAGAUCAAUGGGCAAGGUAUUGUGUGGCGGUUACACAAACCCAUCUAUGGGUUGCGUCAAUCUGCCAGAAAUUGCAAUAUGUGUCUAAAUGAAGCCUUGGAAGAGCUAGGUUUCAGGAGAAGUGUUGCUGAUAGUUGUCUUUACCUGAAGGGGUCAGGUGCGACACAGGAGGCUGUGCAGGUCUUUGUUGACGAUCUUUUGUAUCUAGGACAGACAGGUGCACAGGUAGAGAAGUUUGCUAAGGAGCUUGGCAAAAGAUUCAAGCUCAAGCAGCUUGGUGCUGUUCGGACUUAUCUCGGUGCGGAUGUUUUUAGAACACAAGAUGGAAGUUUUUUGCUCAGCCAGAGAGGUAAAAUUGAGCAACUGCUUCAAAAGUUCAGCUUGAGUGAUUGUGCAGGUGUCAGGACCCCUAUGGAGGCUGGUUACAUGAAAGACAGCCAGCAAGUAGAACGCUCUGCGUUCGAAAACGCUGAAAUCUUUCAAUCAGCUCUAGGAAGUUUGCUUUAUUUGUCCCAGUGGAGCAGACCAGAUAUAGCCUUUACUAUUAAUCUGCUCAGCAGAGAAGCUUCAAGUCCUAAUGUGCAAGCCUGGAAUGGCAUCAAGAGGGUGCUACGGUAUCUCCAGGAUACCAAAGAUUUUUGCCUUAAGUUGUCAGCUCAGGGUGAGGUAAAGCUGACCUGUUGGGUAGAUUCGGAUUGGGCUUACUUGGAUGAUCGCAAGUCCAUGUCCGGCCUGGUGGUGAAGUUUGGGAACUCAGUAGUUGGGUGGAGGUCCAGAAUGCAAAGCCUUAUAGCGCUUUCAUCCACUGAGGCUGAGUUCAGUGCUCUUUCUGAAGCGUGCAGAGAGCUAGAGUUCUGUGCUUGUUUGGUACAAGAGCUCUGUGGAGUGAAUAGUUUGCCCGUCACGGUUUUCAAAGACAACCAACCGUGCCUAAAAUUGGCCGAGACGGGGCAAUUCAAGGCCAGGACCAAACACCUAGACAUUUGCUUUCAGAACGUGUGUCAGAGUGUUCACGAGGGAUUGGUUGUGCUGAAGUACUGUCCCUCAGCUAAGAACCUCGCUGAUGGUUUCACAAAACCACUGACCUUCCAGAGGCAUGGAGAGUUCUGCAAAGGUUUGGGUUUGGGUUAACAUUGGGUAUGUGUUUCCCCUCAGACACAAAGCAAGAGGGGGUGUAGAGUUUGGUGUUUAUAGGGUUAACUUAUAGAGUUUGGUGCUUCGUGUCUGAGGGAGGGUUUUUUUUACUGGACAGGCAGAAGUCCAAAAGUAUCGAUGCAUCCAAGCUGUGAAGAACAACCGUUCCGUAGCCUUGACUGGAGAUCGUGUGGUCAUCCGCUUAGUGAAUCGCACCUUCCUGCGGAGUAAAGGACACAAACAUUUGUUUGUCUUUGCAGACGUGUCUGGUCGCUCCCGAGUCGACGAUGAAGAAAGAUCUAGACGUCUUCUGGACCUUUGGAGUGAAGCGUGAGACCAUUGCCUUGUGUUGCAUUGUCCUAGACUUUGGACCUUUGCCUUUGCCUUUUCCACGCGUUGAGCUUUCGCUGCGCUGCUCUGUUGCCUUGGCCUUGGGAUGUUUGCACUCCCUUUUCACGUGGCCUAGACGUCCACACGAGUAGCAUUUCACUGCCUUCAAAGCUUUGGCGCCAUCUAGUGGUUCCACUGCAUUCUGGGAUGACGUCUGUGAGGACUCCCCCUUAGUGAUGCAGCUAGCACUACGCCGAUCCGCUUCAUUUAACACCACAGCAGUAACAUGCGCUACCGUUAGCUGAGCAGUAGGCAAAACAGCAAGCUGGCUGGCAAUCGCUUCCCAACUUGAACCCAAAGAAUGUAGAAUCAUGAAGGAAUACACAGCCUCUGGAAAGGUGAUUCCAUGCUGUUGCAACUCAUGCCUGAGAUUCUGCAUUUCCAUGAGGUGAGCACGGACAUCUGCUCCUUCAGCAAGUGCCAUAUCAUGCAACUUGGCAUAAAAGAACAAAGAAGCUCCUGCCUCCUUUCUUAAAUGUGAAUCUUUAAGACUGUCCCACAUCUGUUUGGCCGAGUCCUUGUCUCACAAAAGACAUAGCUCUUCAGGGGACACAAUAAGCGUCAGAGUUCCCCUUGCUUUGGAAUCCUUAGCCUUCCACUCAUCGGUCAUUGGAGCUGGGGGGGCUUCUGAUAUCACAUUAAACAGACCCUCUUUUCGUAGCAGAGCCUCUGCAUACUGCACCCAUUCCAAAUAAUUAUUUUUGACCUUUGGAAUUCCAAACACAUUCUCAAGAGCCUCUGUUACUCUUGGACUGGCCAUCUUGUGUCUUUAAAGCAGGCUGAGUCUCUUUACCAGCUGCAUUCCAAAAGCACACUGCAUAAGGCUUUUGCUUUCUCGCCGCAGCCUGUUAGAGCUUUGGAUAAAACUUCAAAGCCCACCCCUUAUUGCCAUCAAUUAGGAACUGGCAGGCUUCCCGGGGCUCGAGCACAUACCUCUCAACCAUCUUCUUGACACGCAGAGAAGAGAAGCUGCAUUCCGUUCUUCUGCCGUCCGUCUUCUGGGCCCUAAACAAAAAAUGUCGGGAGCUCCGUUCGACCGAGCCUUUGAAACCGCCUCUGACAAACAAUUAAUGACCUCAAGCCUUUGAUAAGGCUCCAAGCACAUUCUUCAAUCAGCAGAGUUCCCGGCAGGGAAAGAUGAGAUCGUAUGAGCUACAUUUUUAAAGAGUUUUAUUUCUAAACUACGCAGAACAAAAAAGACAUCCUCUCUCUAUGAAAGCAGAGAGCAACUGAACAAAGGAACAAAGGAACAAAGGAAACAGGAAACCACUAACGUCACAUCCCGUCUCCCUUCCCGUGAGACUGCCAACAGUCUGGAAGCCCUGGAAUGUAAACAUAGUCCUGUGACUCCAAGCAGCUGCACAGUGAGAAACAGAAACUAACAUUUCUUACCAAGAAAAAAGUCGGUGUGGCAUGAGAAAAUUUUUGUGUGGCCCAGAGAAAAAAGCUUGAGAACCACUGAUCCAUAAUUGAGCUUCCCAUUGCAGGAGGAAGAGGCAUUUCGUCGGGCUGUCUGGGAGAAGAACCUGCAGAGGAUUGAGCAGCAUAACCAGGAGGGGAACAGCUUCCAGCUGGCAAUGAACCACCUGGGCGAUUUGGUAACUGGAACUCUCUUGCAUUGCCCUUGUAACUGGUCAGCUUCCAUCUGAGCUGGCAAUUGUGAGCAUUCUCUUUGGGGGAACGCAGGUCUUGGGAGUGGUUGCAGUCCAGCUGCUGGGAGUGGAGAGGGAGGAUGCUGGUUUUGGCCAGUGACUUAAAGCUUUGCCCUGGGAUGCAGCCUCAGGAGUAGCUUGGCAGGGGUGGGCAUUCUGAAAAUCUGGAAGUAAGAGCACAGCAACUAUGGUUUCCUCCCACAGACGGACGAAGAGUUUAACAAGAUGCUCAGCAGCUUCCGUUCUGACUCGGCCGACCAACCAGGUAAAAAGGUUGCCUUGUUCCAAGGAUCAGCCAGCCUGGAGACCCCCAAGGAAGUUGACUGGCGCACCAAAGGUUAUGUCACCCCAGUCAAGAACCAGGUGAGUCCAGAACAACCUGAGGAGACUUAA